ACUUGCGCUUUGUGAUUGGUCCGGCGGCUUCUGGGAUCUGUCAUGUGUCCCAGGUACCGCCUUACCAUUCACAAAAAGCACCGCUUCUUGCGCAUGCGCACUUGGCACCCGGCUGUCAUGCCAAGCGCAGACACUACAGAAGCCGGAAGACAGCGCGCCGCUGGAUAGAGGAACAGGUAAGGUCCCGCUGCAGAGCUGAGCGGCCAGCCCGGUAUUCUGACACAGCGGCGGUGGAAAUACCGGACCGGCCGCUCCAUAUUCGCUCCAUAAGACACACUAACAUUUACCCCCCUUUU